AAGGUGUGUAUCAAUUUAACCUUCUUUUUGAAAGAUAAACCGUACCGCAAGCCAUGCAUGUUAAUGUUCAGACCGAACGUGGGGCAUUUUAACAAACCCCUACAGAAGACGCCUUCAUCAAAUGACUCUUAUUUGUAAUGUAAUGGAACCGAGAGUCAUGAUGAAGGGCUAGUUCUUACCCAGUCUAGUCUGUCACACUAAUUAUUGAUCUGCCCAGUAGGCCUCAAUUCUUCUGCAAUUUCUAGAUGGAAUAGGACCUUCCAUCACCAAAAAGUACAGAAUCACUGUGGAUCAUCCUGUAAAUUAUUAUAUAUAUAUAAUGAUAUAUUUUUUGUCUCUGACACUUUGAAACUGCCUUUCCCACAAACCCUUUGGGCACAAGGGCUAAAUGACAUCAUCGAACUGCGAUGUUGCCCAGCGCAACCUGUACCGAUCCGAGGCGACUGACAUGUAAACAUCAAGCUAAACCUUCACAUUUUCAAACAACGUGGCAAUCAAACUCAAGUCUUUACAUUUAAUUUAAACGUAGUCAAUGCCAAAGAUAAGGUAAGAUCUUGUUUGCCACUUUGGUCUUCCAAUUUUGCAUCUUUUUCAAAACUAACGUUAGCAAACUAGCUAGUAGCAGCAGAGAACCGUCCUUUAGAAAACCAUUUAACCACAGACAAACGGGGGUUAGCUAGUUACCAGUAUAUUUAAUAUAACGUUACGCUAGCUAAUGUUAGCUAGCUACCCAGCUAUUAACAACGUUGUUUUGGACGACAACAAACGAUCAUAAUAAACAAAUAACGUUAUAUCGAAACGUUUGUCUAGUAGUGACACGCUAUGGGAGUUGGCCUCUGCGGAGGUUCAGAGUCGGGAGGACUGGACAGGAGGGGAGGAGGAUGGCGGAGUUGAUCCAGUGUCACUCAACGAGAGAACCGUGUUCUUUAUUGGGAAUAAAGCAGGGGUAAGCCAUUGCCAUCUUUAUGACAGUGUGUCUGGAUAAACUAGCUAACAGUCCUCCAAUAGCGAGAUCCGGGGUCUCUAAAUCUGGUCCUGGAGAGCUAAUGAUGGUGCAGGCUUUUGUUCCAGCUCAGCACUAACCUACAAAUAAUCAUAUUCCCCCCUCUUAGGGUAAAACUACAAUUUUGCUCCGGUGCCUCGACAGGUGAGUUUAAUCUCAUUUUUACAUUUUAGUCAUUUAGCAGACGCUCUUAUCCAGAGAGACUUACAGUUAGUGAAUACAUAUAUAUUUUUUUUAUACUGGCCCCCCUUGGGAUUUGGAACCCACAACCCUGGCGUUGCAAACGCCAUGCUCUAUCAACUGAGCUACAUCCCUGCCGGCCAUUCCCUCCCCUACCCUGGACGACGCUGGGCCAAUUGUGCGCCGCCCAAUCUCAGUACCACUGAUGUAUUUUUAUAGUAAGAUAUUAGCAUAGCUGUCUCUCUUACUGUGCGUUAUAUGUUGUUCUCUUCUAGGGAUGAGCCUCCUAAACCAACUCUAGCGUUGGAGUACACCUUUGGCAGACGGGCGCGAGGACACAACACAGUAUGACACCUCUUUCACUUGUACAAUUCCAGGGAGCUGAUAGUGUGUGAUCAUCAGUUUGACCUGUUGUUCUCCUCAUCCAGCCCAAAGACAUAGCUCACCUGUGGGAGCUGGGAGGAGGUACCUCCCUAUCAGACCUGGUUCAGAUCCCCAUCACUGCCCAGAACGUCAGGUCAGUCCCACCACCUAAACUGUUUCUUAAAUGAGUAGUUCAUCACAUGCCCUCUUCUCUAAAGCCACUCUGCAGAGACAUUGUGCUGAUGAAAGUAAAGAUGUCUGUCUGUGUGUGAUUUCUCAGGUCUCUGUCUGUGGUGCUAGUUCUGGACCUGUCCAAGCCCAACGCUCUGUGGGGAACCAUGGAGAGGCUGCUUCAGACAGCACGGACCCAGGUGGAGAAAGCCUGCUCCAAGCCACAAAGGUCAGUAGAGUCCAAAGCUGGGUCCAAGCAGCAGGCCCAGAACAGACCCCCAAGGGUCCUCCCUAAAGACCACCCGGUAAGACAACAGCUUUCUUCUAGUAGUUAUUAUUUUUAAAAAGCACAGCAUUAUUAAUGUAAAAGGAGUCUUUGCUACAUAGGAUAUUAACUCUGAGUCCCCCAACAGGACAGAGAGCUGAUCAACCCCUUCCCUGUUCCACUGCUGAUUAUUGGCAGCAAGUUUGAUAUAUUUCAGGUGAUGUGUUUUCUACUCAUCUGAGAGGUAUUGAUAAGUAUAUUCACCUUGAAGAAUCUAGUUGUUGGAUUUGUGUUUACAAUUUUUGGCUAUUUCUAUUAAUUUCUGGUUUUGUGGAAAAGUGAGCAUAUUUGACAGAUAAAUACAUUUUCUUUGUAGGACUUUGACUCUGAGAAGAGGAAAGUGAUCUGCAAGACCCUUCGGUUUAUUGCUCAUUACUACGCAGCUUCUUUAAUUGUAAGACCCGUAGGCCUAAUAGUCAACAUCACAUUUGCCAAUGUGCCUAUGAAUAUCAGUAUUUCACUGCAGCCUAUCUCAAACAAGUAUCUCAAAUGCUAUGAGUGUUGGUACAGUUUCAUUACACAAGCUGCCUUUUAUUUUCAGUGCUGUCUUUCUAUCUUCUGUUCACCUGUCUAUUCUCUCUGCCUCACAAUCUGUCCAUCCUUCCACCUGUAGUUUACCAGCAGCAAGUCUGAGAGCUUGAUGUCCAAAACUAAGAGCUUAUUCACACAACUAGCAUUCGGGACAGAGAAAGGGUAAGAGCUGUUGUAUCCUCUAUCUGUCAAUGCCACAGUCUGUCAAUGCCACAGUCUACAAUGCCACAGUUUGUCAAUGCCACAGUCUGUCAAUGCCACAGUCUGUCAAUGCCACAGUUUGUCAAUGCCACAGUCUGUCAAUGCCACAGUCUGUCAAUGCCACAGUUUGUCAAUGCCACAGUUUGUCAAUGCCACAGUUUGUCAAUGCCACAGUCUGUCAAUGCCACAGUCUGUCAAUGCCACAGUCUGUCAAUGCCACAGUCUGUCAAUGCCACAGUUUGUCAAUGCCACAGUCUGUCAAUGCCACAGUUUGUCAUCAUUUGAGAGCACUAGACUUAGGCCCAGUGUAAUUAAUGUCCACUGUCAUUCAAUAUUAACACAGAUUUACAUGUUUCCUCCUAUUCUGACAGGAAAUCUAUGUCCUCUGACCUCAGUAAACCUCUGAUCAUUCCUGCUGGGAUGGACUCUCUCAGCCAGAUAGGUGAGUUGUGUUGUGUCUAGCAACCCCCUGUGGUAACAAUCAUUACUUCAGUGUUAAAGUGCUCUACUGUUUAUGAGACUCAUACUGAGUGUGUUAUUGUAACAUGACACAGUUGAUGUCACUCUACUUUCCAGGUUCUCCCCCAACCACAGAUGUGGACAUUGGGACUCUUCAUGCUAAAAACCCUCUAGAUCUGUGGAAGAAAGUGUUUGAGGUCGUUUUCCCUCCUGAGGUAAUUCCUGCACUACGAACAAACACACACACACACACACACACACACACACACACACACACAGGUUAAUAUACAGUGGGGCAAAAAAGUAUUUAGUCAGCCACCAAUUGUGCAAGUUCUCCCAUUUAAAAAGAUGAGAGAGGCCUGUAAUUUUCAUCAUAGGUACACGUCAACUAUGACAGACAAAAUGAGAAUUUUUUUUCCAGAAAAUCACAUUGUAGGAUUUUUAAUGAAUUUAUUUGCAAAUUAUGGUGGAAAAUAAGUAUUUGGUCAAUAACAAAAGUUUCUCAAUACUUUGUUAUAUACCCUUUGUUGGCAAUGACACAGGUCAAACAUUUUCUGUAAGUCUUCACAAAGUUUUCACACACUGUUGCUGGUAUUUUGGCCCAUUCCUCCAUGCAGAUCUCCUCUAGAGCAGUGAUGUUUUGGGGCUGUCGCUGGGCAACACGGACUUUCAACUCCCUCCAAAGAUUUUCUAUGGGGUUGAGAUCUGGAGACUGGCUAGGCCACUCCAGGACCUUGAAAUGCUUCUUACGAAGCCACUCCUUCGUUGACCGGGCGGUUUGUUUGGGAUCAUUGUCAUGCUGAAAGACCCAGCCACGUUUCAUCUUCAAUGCCCUUGCUGAUGGAAGGAGGUUUUCACUCAAAAUCUCACGAUACAUGGCCCCAUUCAUUCUUUCCUUUACACGGAUCAGUCGUCCUGGUCCCUUUGCAGAAAAACAGCCCCAAAGCAUGAUGUUUACACCCCCAUGCUUCACAGUAGGUAUGGUGUUCUUUGGAUGCAACUCAGCAUUCUUUGUCCUCCAAACACGACGAGUUGAGUUUUUGCCAAAAAGUUUCAUCUGACCAUAUGACAUUCUCCCAAUCCUCUUCUGGAUCAUCCAAAUGCACUCUAGCAAACUUCAGACGGGCCUGGACAUGUACUGGCUUAAGCAGGGGGACACGUCUCGCACUGCAGGAUUUGAGUCCCUGGCGGCGUAGUGUGUUACUGAUGGUAGGCUUUGUUACUUUGGUCCCAGCUCUCUGCAGGUCAUUCACUAGGUCCCCCUGUGUAGUUCUGGGAUUUUUGCUCACCGUUCGUGUGAUCAUUUUGACCCCACGGGGUGAGAUCUUGCGUGGAGCCCCAGAUCGAGGGAGAUUAUCAGUGGUCUUUUAUGUCUUCCAUUUCCUAAUAAUUGCUCCCACAGUUGAUUUCUUCAAACCAAGCUGCUUACCUAUUGCAGAUUCAGUCUUCCCAGCCUGGUGCAGGUCUACAAUUUUGUUUCUGGUGUCCUUUGACAGCUCUUUGGUCUUGGCCAUAGUGGAGUUUGGAGUGUGACUGUUUGAGGUUGUGGACAGGUGUCUUUUAUACUGAUAACAAGUUCAAACAGGUGCCAUUAAUACAGGUAACGAGUGGAGGACAGAGGAGCCUCUUAAAGAAGAAGUUACAGGUCUGUGAGAGCCAGAAAUCUUGCUUGUUUGUAGGUGACCAAAUACUUAUUUUCCACCAUAAUUUGCAAAUAAAUUCAUUAAAAAUCCUACAAUGUGAUUUUCUGGAUUUUAUUUCCUCAAUUUGUCUGUCAUAGUUGACAUGUACCUAUGAUGAAAAUCACAGGCCUCUCUCAUCUUUUUAAGUGGGAGAACUUGCACAAUUGGUGGCUGACUAAAUACUUUUUUUCCCCACUGUAUGUGUGUGUGAUACUGAUCCAUUGCUCAUGUCUUACACCAGAACACCAGUGAGCACCACAGAGAGCUGAAGGACCCAGCCAAGGACCCCCAGUAUAGUGAGCCCCAGAUUGACUCCAUGAGGGCUCAGAAAGACACGGUAUGAACCCUGUCUCAACUCCAAUGUUUCUGAUCUGAUUGGUCAAAAGAAAAAGUGGGGGAAAAAAUCUGAAUUGGGCUGCAUGUAUAAACGCAACCCUAGGGUUAGAAGAGUUGGCUACAGCACACACUGUAUGGGUCCAUGGAGAUUGUCAACAUUAUCAUGAUCUUCUAAUCUAGCUAAAGUAAUCUGGCUGCAGCCAAGAGUCCAGAUUAUGUUUUAUUGUCACUGAAUCAGAUAGCACUCCCAUUGGACAGGGAUAUGAUGGGUGGAGUCAGCCAAUAGGAGUUGAGAGGCUGGGGUACUCCAUGUCAAUAUACAGAAUGUGGAUACUAAAGACUCAAACACGUGCCUUGAUAGAUGAGUCUAGGAACCCAGACAGAGCCAUUUGUUGGAACUUGCUUCAGAUGCACCCUUGAUAGAUGGGUUUUUAUGAGGUCAGAAUUCAGUUCCGGGUCACGCUGAGUUCAUACGUUUUUACCAGAAAUACUGAUUGACUCUCUGUCAUAUACAGCUAACUGAAUCGGUCAGCUGGACCCUGAACAGCUUUCUGUUAUACCAGCUUACAUCUGUUUGACAGUGAUCUUGCAUGGUAUCCUGACAUGGUUUUAACACUAUAUGAUCUAAAGUAUAGAUAAACUAUGUAGAAUGAACCCCAAACACUCAUGAUAACAUUGUGCCCUCUGUCUUUUCUAAAGGAACUGGAUCAGUACAAGAGGAACGUGUCCAAGUCUUGGAAAGGCCUGGAACUGGAGACCUAACUUAAUUGACUCAUCACCUCUCUCAGCCAAUGAGAUCAACAGAACAGAAUGUUCUAGAGCACAGAUAGACUUCAGCCAUGGCAGAGUCCUGUACUCUUUUAAUAAACCGCACAGACUUCAGCCAUGUCAGACACCUGUACAGUCAUUUAAUAAACCCAGAGAACUGCUCCCAUUAUCAUAUACUGUAGAACGUACUAUAUUUCAGGAAUCCUAUUCUACAAUAGGCCUAGUUGUAGAGAUUGUCUCUGUACAAUACGUUUCAUAUCGAUUGUUUUGGAUUCAUACAUAUAUUUUCCUAUUCAUACAUACAACUGUUGUAUGGUUAGUCUUAAUUUUAAAAAUGUAGGCUAUUUUGAAAAAUAUUGUUUACUUUACAUUUUUACAACAAGAAAGCAAAACAAAUGUUAAUUUUUAUAAGGAGAUUGCAACAUACUGGCAUGUCACUUUCUGCGAGCGUAGAAAACACAUUAUAUAUCCAACAAUAAGUAAUAACAUUACAGUAGUACUUUAUCAUUCACUAGAUUUGUUGCCAUACUGCCAUCAGAGACAUCACACCUAUCACUUGCUUUGCUCAUGACACUCCUAGUAAUUGUGAUAGCCAUGAAAGUGGUUCUUGAGUUGGACUAUCUUUACAGGUCCAACUUUACUACAUAAGGAAGUCCAGUAUUCAAUAACAGCAGAAAUGGCUCCUCCAUUUUUCCAUCCUAAAUGGGCAGGGAAUAUAACUCAAUUUCUUUUGUUUCUUACUUUCAUUUAGACAGUGAAAUGAGAACGAUGGAAGGGGAGGAACUGCAUAGAAGGUGCUGCACCAAAGAUUCGUAAUGACUGGAGCGGAAUGAAUGGUAUCAAACACAUGGUUUUGAUACCAUCCAUUCCAGCCAUUUAUGAGCCAUCCUCCCCUAACCAGCCUCCUGUGCUCCCACAGCCCUUUCAGUCUAUGAUGAUACUGUUGGUGUCAGGAUCUGUUACAGUGUUGGAAGAGGCGGUCUCUGUUUCAGUGUUACAUUUACAUUUGUCAUUUAGCAGACG